ACUCUCGCUCAGUUCCAUCAUCAUCAGUCAGGAAGCGGGGAGAACAGAGGAGGGAUGGCGGAGAAGAGCCCUGACCCGAGCGGCUCGUACGGUCGGAGGUGUCCCGCCCUUUCUCCCGGAGAGAGAAUGCAGCCGUCCGGGAGCGGAUCGUCCAAAUGGGUUCGCCUGAACGUCGGCGGCACGUACUUUCUCACGACGAGACAGACGCUUUGUAGAGACUCGAAAUCUUUCCUGUAUCGACUGUGUCAGGCCGACCCCGACCUCGACUCUGACAAGGAUGAAACAGGUGCUUAUUUGAUAGACCGAGAUCCCACUUAUUUUGGUCCGGUGCUCAACUACCUGAGACAUGGGAAGCUGGUUUUGAACAGAGGCCUGGCAGAAGAAGGUGUGCUGGAAGAGGCUGAAUUCUACAAUAUCACUUCAUUGAUUAAACUCGUGAAAGACAAAAUCAGGGAGAGGGAUUGUAAGACGGCACAGCUCCCUGUGAAGCACGUCUACAGAGUCCUGCAGUGUCAAGAGGAGGAACUAACACAGAUGGUCUCUACAAUGUCAGAUGGCUGGAAGUUUGAACAGUUGGUUAGUAUCGGCUCUUCGUACAACUACGGUAAUGAGGAUCAAGCAGAGUUCCUCUGCGUGGUCUCCAAGGAGCUGCACAAUCAGUCAUACAGCACAAACAGCGAGCCCAGUGAAAAAGCCAAGAUUCUUCAAGAACAAGGCUCUCGAAUGUGAAACAACUGUGUUUUAUAGCCUCUGGUCCUGCGAUGUUUGGGCAAAACAACAUGACCGUUUGCACCAUAUCACAUUGAGAGAGAAAACUGUCAAGCGACAAGACAACCUAUUUAGAAUGGAUGCUCUAUUCUGUUUUAGAUUUAUUUGACACUUGUUUGUACCUGCACAGUAAUCCCGGACUGUUGGUGGAUCUAUAUCUGAAUCUUAUUUUAAAAGGUAGGAAUAUGCAUGUCAUUUAGUAAGCUGAGCAAAAGGGCCUCAAUCAUGUCUGGUCCAAUCAUGUUCACUCAGGGUCUCUUAUCGACUUUCACAAAAUAUGUUAAUCAUGUCAUUUGUGGUUCAUUGAGCAAUUUUUUCAAAACUAUAUUUAAAACUGUAUAUUAUGCCAUACAGAAAGUUCACAAUUCAGAGAGUGGAGUUGAAGUAUUUUAUUUUAAAUUUUUGGGGGGUUUAAGAUUACAUUACUAAGGUGGCUUAUGUUUAAUGUUGACGGGUGAGGGAUGGUGAAUUUGUAUAGCAAGAAUUUUGUUUUAGCAUGUUUGUUGGAGCAAAGCUGAUUUGUUUUUGUUUUUUACUUUCAUAGUGUUAGUUUUUAUACUAGGAGGGUGAAAGAAAAUCUGGAACAGUUUGCCUCAAAGUUACCUUACGUUUUGGUUAUUCUGUUGCUGCCUUGAGUUGAUAAAGAAGAGAACAGAAAAACGUUUGUCUUCCAUCCCGGGAUUAAUUCCAAAUGGUUUUUGGUUAAACUGGAACUUUUUUAAACUGGGGGUUGAAAAAAACCACCUUAUAAUCAAUAAGACUUUGCGAUAGAGAUAUUGAUAUUUAACUGGAUGUCCUAAUCUAUUUUGGUUUAAUUGGAUAACUAAGGCAAGGCCACGAAAACAUUCAGUCUAAUUUGUUUUGGCAAUAUCGUUUAGAACGAUGCUUUACUUACAUGGCAGUGACUGUUAAUUAGUGGUGUUGCAGGGCUUAUUUUGUUCAUGCUUUAGUAAAUUAUGGAGUAAGAAAGGACACUUCUGUGAGUGUGUUAAUUGACUAAUUAACAUCCACAUAGUUUUACACUGCAGUUUAAUACUCGCUUUGGUUCAACUCUUUUGAAGUUGAAUGUUGAUUCCAAAUAUACAUAAUCCUGUUGUUUAAAAAAAAAAAAAACAUUUUGACAAUGUUGCCUUUAAUGAA